UCCGUUUGUACAGCUGUUCGGAGGAGUCAUAAGCAAUAGAAAAAGCAAUAUUUUUGUCGAUACAUGAACUGACUAAGAUAACUCGGAACUCGGAGCGGCCGGAGCAUGAAUCGAUCAACGGGGGAGCCCAAGAUAAACCAGGCCAGGCACUUGGCCCAUCGCCACCACCAUCCAUCGGAGCAGGGUGAGCACAACCACAACAACAGGAACGAAAUUAUUCGCGUCGCAGGCAGCAGCAGUAGCCCCAACAGUGGGGCUGGAGCCGGAGGGUCCGGAGUCGGAGGAGGUGGCGCUUCUGCUAUUCCUACUCCCCCAAAAAGCCUGGCUCUUAACCGGAAUAACCACUAUGCCGCCUCGGACACGUCGGGCGAUCAGGAGCAGGACGAGCUGCUGGACGCCAAAUACGAAUGCGCCAUAUGCAUCGACUGGCUAAAGGAGCCAAUGCUGACGUCCUGUGGCCACCGCUUCUGCCACGGCUGCAUCACUGACUGGCUACAGAACCACAACCAGUGCUGUCCUCUGGACAAUAAACGGCUAUCCGCCGACCAGGACAUUUUUCCCGACAAUUUUGUGCGUCGGGAGAUUGAGCAGCUAAAGCACAAAUGCCCCAAUUCGCCGCUCGGCUGUUCGGUGGUGGCCUCGCCCAUCGAGCUGCAUCGCCACCUUCCCAGUUGCCCCUACCGACGCCAGCAGGAACCGGAUCCGCCGGAGGAGAAGUGCCCCUUUGUCGGAAUCAAGUGCGACUUUGUUGGCAGGCCUGAGACGAAUCAGCUGGAGGAGCAUUUGAAGGCGGACAUGCCCCACCACUUGCAGCUAAUGCUACAGGCCCUGCAACAAACGGCAAUCGCUACCUGGCAGCCGCAGAAAUCGGGCGCAAGUACCUCCGGAUCGUUGGAAAACGGACAGCUGCCGCCACCCCCUCAGUACGCGAACGGAGUGGAUGAGCAGAUUGUGCAAACGAUGUACCAGAGGAUUGUGGUGCUGGAGCAAAGAACCCGGGAGCAGGAGACUCGUGUGGAGAACCUGCAGAAGCAGCUGCGCUUGGCCCGCCAACAGCAGGCGCCCGUUGAUCCUCGCUACAGCAAUGGCACUAUAAUCUGGCGCAUCGAGCAGUUCGCAUCGCUCGUGGCCAGAUUCCGAGCAAAUGCCAACAACCAGGAGUACUCACAUGAGUGCUACACCUCGCCGCACGGCUACAAGUUCUGUGCCCGUCUUAAUAUUCAGCCUCGGAAGCCACAAGUUCUCAGCUUGCACGUCCACCUGAUGCAGUCGGAGAACGACUACCAUCUGGACUGGCCGUUCAAGGGGCGGAUUAAGCUGUGUAUGGUGCAUCCCAUGGAUGCGUCCAUGUCGCAGCACGAUACCAUUAUGACCAAACCGGAGAUACUGGCCUUUAAUCAGCCGCGCGAGCCAAUAAGUACGCGGGGAUUCGGGUUUCUCGAGUACGCCGACAUAUCGAACAUCAUGCAGCUGGGCUUCUGCGCCGACGACCGGCUGCUCAUCAAGAUCGAGAUAAACAUUGUGUGAGGUGGCCUCCACCGUACAGAAAUUUUCCAAUAAACGUUGUGCGCACAGUGGGGUGAAAGGAAUCCCAGGGUCUAAGGUAUCAUAUCACAUUUUAGUCAUUUUGUAAGAAACAAAAGUUCGAUUUAAAAAGGAAUAGGUAUUUUUUUUACUUCCAGAACUAGGCAAACUCAUUCCAUAGCUGUUCGCCGACCCUGAGAUUUCUCAUCGAACGAACUCGAGCUUCUACCCCAGUGAGAAUCUAUUACAAUAUGCAAUGGCCAAUAGCGCUGACAUACAUAUAUUUUAUAUAGACCUAUAUAUAGUGUACAAGCGAUUGCUAAUAGUCACACAUUUAGAUGGCAAUUUGGAUACCAUACCAACUAGCAACUAUACCAAUACUAAUCGAUAUUAUCUAUUGUAGACCUAGAUUUUAAUAACCCAAUUAUUGUCUCCCCCGCCUUUUUUUUGUUUUUGUUUAGUUUUCAGGGGAAAACAGGUUAUUUUUAGUAGAUUUAAUCGAAAUCCCGCGACUUUUUCCCCUCCAUCAAAUUGGUCGCUUAUCAGGGCAUUUGAAAUAUCCGAAAAAAAACCCGGUGUAGAAUACGUCAAUUUAUAGUGGAAAUAUUGCUGAAAAUGUGGCAAUUAUACUGGAACCGAAUGCCUCAAAUUUAUAAUUCGGCCUCCAAUAAUCUUAUACUUUUACAUUCCCCCCCAUUUCGAUUGAUUUCAAUUAUUUGUAAACUGAAUACGUCCAUUUGAUACUUGUCAAUAUUUUAAGAAAAUCUAGUUUCCACUAAUUUGAGAUUCAGAUCACAUGAUUUGGAAAAGGAUUACAGGGACUGUAGUUUCCUGAUUUCGAUGUGGCAACUAUAUUGACUGAUUUGAAAGGCACAACCACUAUGUUUUUCGAGCAGCAUCCAGAACGUUUUUUUCUGCAAACUCCAUAUCUGCCAAAUUAGUUUGGAAUGGAUUAAGGCUCAUUAAGAAUCAAGAACCAUGGUCUCGCCAGGGUUGGGCCAUCUCCGCCCUGGGGAUCCACAAUAAAGGACACUUUUUGUACCGACAA